CGCAGUACAUUAAAAAUGGAUUUCCAAAAUCGAGUUGGUAGCAAACACAGAGGAGGAGGAGUAGCCAGCUAUUCUGAAUCUAAUGUCGAUCGUCGUGAAAGGCUUCGUAAAUUAGCCAUGGAAACAAUCGACAUCAGCAAAGAUCCUUACUUUAUGAAGAACCACUUGGGUUCAUAUGAGUGUAAACUAUGUCUAACAUUACAUACAAGCGAAGGCUCCUACCUUGCACACACUCAAGGAAAAAAGCAUCAGACCAAUUUAGCACGACGUGCAGCUAGAGAAGCAAAAGAAAAUAACCUAGUACAACCAGCCAUUGGUCCUGCUAAACCUGUGAUUGCACCACGCAGAAAUAUAAUCAAAAUAGGUCGACCAGGUUAUCGAAUCACCAAAGUGCGGGAUCCUGUCACUCGCCAACUUGGAUUUCUUUAUCAAAUUCAAUACCCAGAGAUCGGCCAAGAAGUCAAGCCUCGUCAUCGAUUUAUGGGAGCUUACGAACAAAAAGUAGAACCACCUAAUAACGCUUACCAAUACUUGGUUAUAGCAGCAGAACCUUAUGAAUCAAUUGCUUUCAAAAUACAGAGUACAAAAGUGGAUGAAACACCAGGAAAAUUUUGGACUCACUGGGAUCACGAUUUGAAGCAAUUUUCAUUACAAUUCUUUUUCAAGAGUGAAAGAAGCACCAUGUUUGAAGGAAUGGAAGCCACUCCUACGGCUGCACCGCCCACUGCCAUGGUUUAAUAAUAAAAAGUUCUUUUUCUAUAUACAAGUGACAUUGUAGGCUCGUUUUCUUCUUUGAUGUUGACAUUAAAAGAGAACGAUGCAGCUUUGUGUCUGUGUUACAGCACGAAUAGUUACAUCGUCCAUCAGUUGAUAUAAAUGACAGUUUCAAGGAAAUUGGUUCUAAAUAAUAAGGAAUGCCUCUUUUUUGAUACCUUGACCUUCAUAUUAUUUACGUACGCC